AUGGAAGGUUCAAAAAAACAGUGGAUUAUUGGUUAUUUUAAAGAGGAGCACAAGUAUUCAGUGAUUCCCUCUUACUGGAUAUCAACUGCUAUAUUAAAUGGUACUCCGGGACAUUCCUGUAAAUGGCCUUUAAAACAAAGGGUUACAACAAUGAUGCUGAUGAAAGGAGGUAAACCAUCUGAGGACUGGAAGUCAUACCCUGUUAAAGUCAUUGAACAAUUUGACUCAUAUGAACAAGCAGCAAUGAAGGAAGUAGAAAUAUUUAGGUCUGAGUCAGAAAAUGAAGAAACCUUAAGACGGGGCAAAAGACUGAAAUUAUCCAAAACGACUAAAACUCAAUAUGAUGCAUCAGGUAGUUAUUCUUGCGAAGAAGUCACUCUUAGUGUGUAUAAGAAACCUGCACUUACUAAUGAGAAAAAUAAAACUUCAGAAGUAUACACAAGCAGCAAUAUUUUAUCUAAUACAAGAUCUGAUGCAUUGCAUUCAAUAGGGUAUAAUUUCGAUUCAGAUUUAUCAAAUUAUCAAGAACCUGGUAAUCCUAGCAAUAGUAUGCCCACUUUCACAGAAUUUAUGAAUUCAACAAAUAUGUUCUUGAAUAGAUUGGACAAAAAGUUAGAUGUGCUUUUAGAACAUAUAACACAUCCACCAAGCGCACAAUACUUGCCAUUAGAUGAUUCGGUUUUAAAUAUGUUUCCAUUAAAAGAUAUUGCAGCGAUACAAGAUAUGGAGGAGAACUUACAAAAUGAAGAAUAUAAGCUCAAAUUAACUCAUUUUAUACAUUCAGUUGGUGGAACAAGUUUAAAAAACUUUAUCAAAAGAGUACUUUCAAGACUAUUUACAAAUAAAUUAUCUUCUGUAUGUUCUUGGACAGGAUUUAAGAAUAAUUUUCGAUUAGAUAAUCAUCAAAUUAUGAAGAUAGUAAAACAAAUCGCCUAUGAUAAUUACCAAAUGAACGACAGUAGCUUUGAGUGUCACGUGAAGGAUUGGUUCCGCCAUGGAAGCCAACGUUUGGCACGUGAAGAAAUCAUAAAGCAGUAA